AUGAGAAAUAGGGCCAGCAACUCCCUAUCUAAGGGAAAAAUCCGUCAGUCAUGGAGCAAGUACAAUUUGUAUAACUUGCAACGAUUCCGCAGCCCAGCGACCGCAAAUCGCACGUUCUUUCAGCAAAAGUGGACCGCGAAGGCGCUGUCCCGCGCCUACCACGGUGAACAAGUCCGCGAGGGUCAAUGGAAGCGCAUGUUCUCCAAGCGCAUCCGCAGCGUCGUCCCUAUGGACACCACCGACCUGGCCGCCGAUGACGGUUCUCAGGUCUCUGCCGGUCGUGGUUCCGGCCUUCAGAAACAGGGCGAUAAGGGUCGUCCCUCCAGAAUCAUUCCGUACACUCAGAUGGCUUUCGCUCCCCUGGAGCGCCGGUUGGAUGUUGCUAUUUUCCGGGCUCUGUUUGCCAGCAGCACACGGCAAGCGCGCCAAUUCGUUAUCCAUGGAGCUGUCACCGUGAACGGACAGAAGAUGCGACACCCCAGUUACCUCCUCAACCCCGGCGACCUCUUCCAAGUCGACCCCGACCGCGUCAUGUUCGCCACUGGUGCCCCGAAGACCAAAUUUGAGCGCCGUGAGGGCCGUCAAUUGAAGCAGAAGGAUGGAGAGAGCGAGGAAGCCGAGGGUGAAGCGGCCGAGGCCAAGCCCAAGGAGGACACCGAGAAGAAGCCGGAGGCUGAGAAGGAAGAUAGCCGCGAUACCCUGAAGGCAUUGAUGGCUCAGGCCAAGACUAUCAUGUCCACAGACAAGGACGUUCUGCCUGCCAAGCGCAAGCAGGAGCUCCGCGGAUUCCAGAAGGCCGUCCGCCGUGUUCUGUCUCGCUCCGAGACCAGCACCGUCCUCACAGACAAUCUGGAGUCUCAAUUUUCCGAGCUUACCCUUCUGCUGAACGCGAAGCGUGCCGAGAAGAAGCCCCAGAAGCAGACUAAGGAGAAGCCCGGCAAGGAAAAGUCCGAGACCGCCGCCGUCGCUGAGGAGACCGAGGCCGCCAGCGACAAGCUCUCCGAGGCUUUCCAGGCCGCUGCCGAGGGCGAGGAGGUUGAUGCUUCUGAGCUGACGGAUGAGGAGUUCGAGGUUCUCAAGCGUGCUCUUACUCAAAUGCGUGACAAUCCCAUCGAUCACUCGAAGCCCUACGCUACCCCCUGGCGCCCGCGUGAUUACAUGUCCGCUUUCGCCUUCAUCCCCCGCUAUCUCGAAGUCAACCAGAACAUCUGUGCCGCUGUAUACCUCCGUCACCCCGUUGCCCGCCCCGGCUCAGCUGAGGUACCCACUCCCUUCGGCGAGAGCAUCAGCACUCCGGCCUAUGGCUGGUACCUGAAGAGACGUUGGUAA